AUGACCCUUUCCUGCCUCCAGAGAUUGUGCUGCCUUAAUGCUGAAGAUGAAUACUCAGAUAAACGACCCGAGAUUGUCGUUAUCUCCUCACAGCCCGAUAAGGAUACUUCGUCGAUUCCAGAUUCCUUUGUCUCGUCAAGCGUAGUCAACGGGAAAUUCGACAAAGCUGGCAGCCGAGGUUCAGUGUCUGAAGAAGAUUCCGGUGUUGGUUCCUGCCGAGAUACCUCCAAUCAAUCUGACGCUGCUGAUCAGACUGACACUUCCAGCCAGUCAGAAGACACCGUUUCUACCAAGCUUCGAAGAAGCGAUUCGACUUUGUCGACGAUGAGCGCAAUUUUGCCGACGAAAGAAAAAGAGUUGGAUUUGACCGCUGAAAUCGCCGCCGAGCUGGAGCAAAUGAAUGGAUUCUCUCUUGAAGAAACGGGAUCAAAUCUUUCACCUGAAGCGUCACCAUUGACGUCUUUGGCCACCCUGGAUCUGGUCUCUUCCUCAAAUAGGACGGUCCUAGACCUCGACCUGCCCAACCGAGGAGAGACUGAUGCCAAGAAGAAGCGCAAACGACGAAAGCACCGAAAGGUCACCAAAGCAACAUCGGAAACUGAGAACGACGAAGUGAAGGAGUUUUAG